GGGUCACCAAAAGCCCCGCUCCGCAACCCUCCGCAGCUUUGCCGGUGGCUGGGGCCUCCCCCGCGCUGGGAUUGGAUGCGAGGGAACGGGGUGGGCGCGGGCGGGGGACCCCAGAAGCCCAGGUUCCCCGCUCGGGCGGAGAGCAGCCCACAGUGCAGACGCGGCUGGCGCGCGUCCAGCAGGACCUCAGCAAAGACCCGGCGGGCUGGCGGACGGCACGGAGGAGGCGGCAACUGCCACGGUGGCCCCCGCGGGUGCCGGGCGCGCCAAGAUGUUUGACAGCUCGCAGUAUCCCUACAAUUGCUUCAAUUAUGACGCCGACGACUACCCGGUGGGCAGCUCCGACGAGCAGAAGCGGCUCACGAGGCCCGCGUACAGCUACAUCGCGCUGAUCGCCAUGGCCAUCCAGCAGAGCCCCUCGGGCAGGGUGACCCUGUCCGGCAUCUACGACUUCAUCACGCGCAAGUUCCCCUACUACCGAGCCAACCAGCGCGCCUGGCAGAACUCCAUCCGCCACAACCUGUCCCUCAACAGCUGCUUCGUGAAGGUGCCUCGGACGGAGGGCCACGAGAAGGGCAAGGGGAACUACUGGACGUUGGCGGCUGGCUGCGAGUCGCUGCUGGACCUCUUCGAGAACGGCAACUACCGCAGGCGGCGCCGGCGCCGCGGCCCCAAGCGCGAGGGGGCGGGGCAGGUGCGUGCGGGGGGCGCGGAGGGGCCGCAGGGGCCCCCUGAGCCAGCCCCAGGCCAGCCCCCCGCCCCUGCCAGCCCGGCUGCCCUGGGGAAGGAGGAGCACAGGGGCAUCAAGUUCAGCAUUGACUACAUCCUGUCGGCGCCGGGCCCUUUCGCGGGGCUCAAGGGUCCCUACGGCCAGCAGGAGGGCAGAACCCCCCGGCUGGAGGCCCAGCCAACGAACCUCCACCUGUGGACGAUAUGAGGCCGGGCGGGCGCCCGGUGGGUCCGGGGUCUUCCGGGCGAUUUCGGCCCCACCUCCAGCCAAGAAGCCAGGUUUUGCCACAUCCUGCUAAGUUCCGCAGGCUCGUGUUCCGUGCCGCACGUCAGCAUGGGCUGGAGGGACAAGAGGUCAGUCUUCUGGCUUCAUCAGGAAGACCCACGGGGUCCUGCCCUAGGUUCACUGAGCAGCCCCACUCUGAGGGAUAUGAAUACAGGUUCGGGGCCACACUCACUCACAGACAAGGCAGCACCUCAUCCCUCUGUCUUCUGAGAAUUGGCUGCACAGACCCCACACCCUGGGAGCUGCCCGUGAGCUCUGGAUGCAGACGGCGAGGUGGGUGGGCAUCUUCCCAGAGCUAAAAGUGCGAACGGUGAAACCAGGUAUUCCUUGACCCCA